AAAUCAAGUUCUAGAAAAAUGCUGUCAGAUUUGUUUUUUUCAUAUUCAAACUCCUUCGCCUUUGAUUUAUAGUUGGGCUUUGCCAAACCACAGACUGAAGUUGAAAUCUUGACAAAGAUAACAGUUAGAAAUCUAGAGGACACUGGAUGAUUAUCAUGUCUAGAGGGAAAAAACUCAUUUGAUAUUAAUAAAAUUAAUAUAUAUUGGCAAUAUCUCUUGUCCAUUGUCACAAUGUGGUUUAACUCAGUAGCCAGAUUGCUGUGAUUCAUUCUGUUAUGAACUUGAACUUCCUCACAGUAGCUGCCUUUGUAAAUUGAUCCUCAUCUAAACAGCACCCAUACUGGAUGGGACUUUAAUCUAGGGAGUCUGCACCUCAUUCUUAGAUUAGUUUUUCAAGGAGGGGAACAGCGUAAAGGACCUGUUAAGGCAGUGAAAAUUAAACUUUGCUGGGUCAACCACAUGUUAGUAUAUACUGUGGAUGUGUUAAUUUCAAUAGAUUUAAAUGUUGAAGGACAAACUUUCUUAAUAGAAGAAAAAAAACUACAGGACAAUUCUUUUAAGGGUGUUUGAUUAAUCGCUUCAUACAACAGCUGAUUGCUCCAGUGAACAAAGACCCAGAUAUGUAUUGUAUGGAGAGAAAGGAACUACUGACCAGGUCACUAGAGCGAAUGGUCAUCUGAAUUUUAAAUUAAACCUCCGUCAUUACACAACAUUUUUAUUUCCAAAUGAUGAUCCAUGUCAGUCACAUGACUUACACCGAGGUGUCCCGGAAAUUUUCUCUUGUCAAAUAAAAGUGUUGUGUAUUCAUAUGAAUGACACCUUUCUGGUCGUUAGUCCUGACGAGCAGACGUCUCUCGCGAUUCUUUGCGUCUGCUAACAGUGUGACAGUUGGUCUAUCAGUGACAGAGCUGUCUUGCACUGAUCUGGAAUUCUGCAGUCUCCUGCUGUAUCCUGUGGAUUCUCUUCAAAACUUUUGAUAUCUGUUAAUGAAUGGAAUAUUGAUUAAUUAGGAUUUUCAAAGGUGAAAUUGUUGGCAGCAUUUAUUGCACAUCCAAGCACAUCUGUGUGGAAUAAAACAAACUCACAGCUAAAUGGCUAUUGAAGAUACCAAGGACCAUAAAAUGGAGGCAAGCAGCAUUCUAGAAAAACAAGUCUCCAGUGACAUUCUGAGACAGGCAGCCUCAAAGACGCUGUCUGUCGGAAUCACUUCACUGGAGAUCUUCAGGAACAGAGUGUCCAAAAAGGUCAAAAUCCUCGAUGUUAAACUCUCCCUGUCGUACCAGGAUAACUUUCAAACCGAGACCGAGAGACUAGAAAAACAGCUAGUGCGACAUGGAAAGAAAUGGUCGUGGCCCAUCCCACAGGGCUCACGGGCAAUGGCCACCUUCCCGUACUGCCCAGGAGACAGGAUAAAUCUUAACGUGGGACUCAUUGUACACACAACCAAAAAGCACGGAUUCUUUGGCAAGGAAGUGAUCACAAAUCCUGCAGGAAAUGCCACAGAGUGCAUAGUGAUGGCUAAAAAUAAUGGGGUGGGCAUUGGGCUUCCCUUACAUACUGUGAUAAAUCAACAUAUAAGACUGAAUUUCGAUGUGGAUGGCUAUGGUCACCACUUGACCAUGAAGCUCCGAUGUGAGUUGUUAGGUGAGUCCAAGGCCAAUCCAUCCUUGUGGCUCCGACCGUCGACGGCGGACAAACCCUUCCGUACCUCCGCCUCAUUAUUUGAUAUUUUAUCCAACUCGGAGAGUUUUCCACCUACCAAACAGAAAGAGGAAUCUGGACGAAUGAGGGGGUACAUCUGUAACAGCCAAAGGCUUGUGAAUUAUUUACGGACUGCAAUAACAGAGUGCUGGUCAUUCCGACCAAGUUGUUCCAAUCUGGAAAUUCCGUCUGGAAUCCAAGUCCGUCACAUCAGUUCCAACAGACCGAUAGCCUGUCUGCUUCCGGUGGUGGAACAUCGAGAGUAUGAUGGGAAGCAACACUUGAAGCUAGCCCUUUUGGUUGUUGGGAGUCGUGGCCCCUACUGCCUGUGUGCCACCAGAUGGCGUAGUGCAGAUAAAUUUGACUUCAAAAUACACUACUAUGAAAAGGACGAGACGUGGGGCCAGCGAAUCAAGUGGGCUGCGCGUGACUUCCUGGAUAUUGACCACAUAAUCACCAACAGCACCGCACAUCAGUUUUACUUCAAGCCAGAACGAGAAAACACUGUCAUUGACUUGUGUGUGGGACUGGCCUUAAAAUUCCUGGUGAGGUGGUCCGAUGAGACCAUGCCAUGGAAACUGGAUGGAGCCCGCGAGUUCACGAAGGCAGACUUUGAUGUAUGCAAUAGCGUGGAGGCGGAGUUACUAAGUGGCAGACAUAGGUCUCGAACCUCCGUCAGCUCUGUUCUCUCACAGACCGAGAGCCUUCCUGAGUUCUUGGAAUCUCACAAUCUCAUGUUGUUUGCAGACAUUGCAGCAAAAUUGUCAUACUGCACACAAGACAUUCCGCCCGAACCAGAAAUCCCAAGGAGCAAGCUGACUCGUAGAGGCAGUGGCAGUAGUUAUGGAGAAAGCAAUCACGGCUCAGAACGCUACAUCAAGAAGGAGCAGAAAUACCGCGGAAGCGUGAAGAAAGACUUAAAACGGGCAGGAAGUGCAAUAGAGACACGGAACGAGAGUGACGGCGAUGAUUUCACGUCUGGAUUUGUGGAAGGUUGUUCAAGCGGUCCAAGGUCGUGUCCAGGGUCAUACGUAGGAAUUGAGUCCCUGAUUGACUGAAGUGUGAUUGCUUUUACUCAUCAGAACCAUUUACUCUGUAAAUAUUGUCAUAUAAGAUGUGUACUAUUUUUGUAGGAUGUUUGCAAGAUUGAUAGGUUGUAUGCAUUAUGUGAUAAACAAAUUUUGAGAAUUCCAAAGAAAUUGUACAGUCGUCAUUUUAGGAAUAGCACAUGGUCCUUAUUUAAAAAAAAAAUAUCUAUAGUGAAUGUCAAGUAUAGACAUGUAAGUUUUUUUUUCUUGUAUUAAAAUAAAUAUGGUGUUGUUAAUAUUGUCAGUUUGUACAUACAUGUAUUCAUAUUGGCAAUUUCACACAUUGUCAAAUUCUAUUACAAGUUUAUUCGAAACAAUUUCAGAUUAUGUAUUUUAAUGUCUUGAGGUACAAUAUAUAAUGCUAUAAUCCUUAAUGAAUUGUUUACACAUUUUUAAAUUUGCAAGAAUAUAUUUCAUAUCUGUGUAAAUACUCAGACAAAACUUGUCACCAUUGUAAAAGUUAUAAAAUCCCAAUGCACAGUUACUAAAAAUGUUAAAAGUUACAGUACAGUGAUUAUUAUAUUGACUAUUGUUUGGGUAUUAUGGUGGUGUUGUCGUGGUUACAAGUUUGUACAUAAUGUUAUGUAUUUUUGGAGUGAUUAUUUUCUGUCAUGUUCACGUAUCCAUCUUCAGAACACACUACAGAAGUUCGUCAAUUCACAUUAAUGACAUUAUGUAUGUUCAUUAAUUAUAUUUAGUUAUUUAUAGCAUAUUAGUUAGAAUGUUCCCCAACUUUUUUCUAAAUGUCAUCAUGGUUUCUAGCAUGAAACCUAAGUUCAUUUGAAGUUUUCGUUUUCGCUAAAAUGCAGUCUUGUCAGAAAGCUUUAACUUAGUGAAUCAUACCAUUUAAUUAAUGAGUUAAGUGUUAAGAGAUUUCCAAACCAUACAGUAUAGUGAAGGAAUUAAUGUCAACUUCACCUACAGAGGUCCCAUCAUGUGAUGCGACAGCUCCGAAUAUUUAACAUGGUAUUGUCUCUAACAAGGCCUCAAAUGGAAAUUUUUUUUUAAUUAAACGAAUUUCAAGUAGGAAGUUCACAUUUUAUUAAUGAAGUCAAAAGAUUUCUGGAUGGACUGCAAUUUGAAUUUUAAAUGUUCGUUAGGUUAAUUAUUAGCAGGUAGUGCCAGUUACAUUUUGUGUAUUUCAUGGCAUCAGAACAAAGGCAACUGCCAUUAGUGCCAGAUGAAGAACCACGGUGUCAAAAAUCCAUGUACAUCUUGUACACGAUCAAUUAUCUCAUGUUUUUUUCAUAUUUUUUUUGUGUGUAUUUUUAAACAUUUUUACUCCAGCUAUAUUUCAUUUUCUAAUUCAUUUUUUGUGUUAUUUUUAAAACAUUUUUGCAUUUCCGAAAAGUUUUAUGAAAAUUUAAAUGUAAAGCAAUUGUUUACUUGGUGCCCAAUUCAUAAUAGCCAGCAUAAUGAGUUUCCCGAAAUUUUGCUGUAACUGAAUUUAAAAAAAAAAAAAAUUAUAUGCAUACAUGUAAUAUUGAACAUUUUUCUACAUUGUAUAAAAUUUGCAACAAAAUUAAUAAAUUCAUAACCUGAAAUUAGUAUGCUAAUGAGAGCAUUUGUGAUUCCAGUUUUACAAUUUUCUUAUGAACAUUGCAAUCUACAUGCUUACUGUUUUGAUCAGAGCUUUUAUAUCAUAGACUUUUUUUCUUCAUGAAAUACAACUGCAGGGAUAUGGUGUAUGUACUGUGUUAUUUGUACCAUAUUGUAAUGAUUACAUCUCCUGUUCUUCCCGAGUUAUGUCCUCUUGUAUUGUCUAGUUUUUUUCAGUACUUUGUAUUUCUCGAUGUACUUCCCGAGUUAUGUCCCCUUGUAUUGUCUAGUUUUCUAGUACUUUGUAUUUGUCGAUGUACUUCCCGAGUUAUGUCCCCUUGUAUUGUCUAGUUUUCUAGUACUUUGUAUUUGUCACUGUGUUCAGUAGUACAGCUGUAGCUGUGGUAACCAUAUAUAUACCAGGCUUCAGAAGAUUGUCAGAACCAUUGUUUUACACCAUGUUACAGCUCAAUAAAAUUACUGACUAAUAUUAA